AUGCUACGGGAAUCACAGGCCAUCCUUAUUGUGUACUCUAUCGUGAGCGAAGCCUCUUUUGAUUCCGUUCUCAUGCGGGUCGUGCACGCUCGGUCCAUUCUCGAGGGAAGGGACGUGCCCAUCAUCCUGGUGGGAGCGAAGGCUGAUCUCGAGAACUACCGCCAAGUUUCCUCUUCUUCAGGGUUGCAGCUUGCCCGCGAAUUAGGCUUAUCGGCGUUCCUGGAAUGCAGCGCCAAGACAAAAUACCAGGUCGACGAAGUUUUCGAAACGGCCGUUCGACAAAUGCUUGUUGAGAAAGUGGAGCCGGCCAGAUCUACAGAAGCCGAUUCUCAGCGCGAUACAGAACAGCCGACGGAAGGUAGUGUUCCCGAGGAUGCUGAAGAACAAAGAGAAGCGGGAAUUCACACUGAACCAUCAGGAGCUGUGCAAGAAACCAAUCCCGCUCCCAGGCCUGCUGCUCGUGCCAGCAGCUCUAAUAGAUGUUGUAUAAUAAUAUAG